ACCAUCCCUCCGAAACUAACAACAUGGAGUCCGGUGUUUAGAGUGCAAAGGCGGUCUCCAGCGUUUGCUAAACCUAUAUGCUUUUCCCGGUGCUCCCGAGGGAAGACAGCGACGCUCCGGGACGCAUAAAGCGCAACGCACACAUGCUCUAUAAGCGUCAGUGCGUUUGUGCCACUUGAAUCCAUAAAGGACAUGGAGAGCGCGAUGUGAUUCAUUGGACGCAGAAGAUUCCAAAGACAGGCCGCUUUCCAAAUGGAGUUGCUCUUCAUAAUGUAGGACAGGAGAAGUGGACAGUAGUUGCACCCAGGGUAGUGUACCAGGGGACCAUGGAGCCUGAAGAGGAUCUCUUGACCAGGGACCCCCAAGAUCUGAUGUCCAGCCAAGGGCUACUGCCUUCAACAUCCACCUCCUUACUCAGCUGCACCUUCCUGGGCGGGUUAUUGCAUUGUGAUGACAUGGAGAAGGGUGAUGGAAAUGGAGAUUCAGACGGUCCAAAAUGCUUUUUCCCCACACUGGAGCAUUGUGGUAAAGUACAAAGAAGUCCACGAUCUUCAGCCUUCCCCUCAUCUCUCACAUGGGACUCCGACUCGGAGAAAGAAACCUUGGAUGAGGAAGAACUUCAGCACUUUUCUAACCCUCAUGGUCUGGCUGCUCACAGCCCAGGAAGUCCCACCUCUGGACAACAAGAAGACAGAUUGGACCUUGAUCUGUGCCAAGAACCUGUGGAAACCAAGCACUUAUUUCUUGAGAAGAUCCCACUUGCCCCCCUGGAGGUGGAGAAUCAAGGAGAUUUUACAUACAUUGAGAUGAAAACUACAGACUACGACUCUACUAAAUGUAGAACAAAAUUGGAGCAAGACAAAGUGAGCUAUCUACCAGAUGCUACACCAGAAGAGGGAUGCCAAAAAGACAAGAAAGAGGAGCAGAAAAUGCUCAAUAGUAGAGGGCAGGAAGAGAAGCUCACCAAAGAGCCAGAUGUAUACACCUUCCCAGGAGACUCUGAGCCAGAAAGUCCACCACCUGGACCCUGGGCGCACUGCACCUUCAUCCAACGCCGAAGAAAAAAGAGGGCCAUAUUGAGGCCUUUCUCUGGCUUAGACACUUGGCAGCACACAACGGGAGCUGGCAGGAAGACCAGAGGAAAACCCUCUGGAGCAAAGGAGCAUAGGAAAACCACAAGGGUUGGGGAAGGGAUGUUCAAAUUGAAAGAGGAAAAAGGAGAGAAGGUACGGGGAAGGCAAAGGUCAGUAGUAGAGCAUCAACUGGAUGGAGACCUCUCCCAAGAGAUUUUUACAUGUGUAGAAUGUAGCAUUUAUUUCAAAAAACGCACCCAUCUACAUGAACACAUGCAAGAGCAUGGACAGGUUGGUAGAUCUGGGAAGAAAUGCCAGGGCCGAGACAAAACCUCUUGGAGUGGACAUCUUAAUAAAAAACCUUUUCAAUGUAUAGAGUGUGGUCUGGAGUUUGUAGACAAGGUACUCCUGUUAGAUCAUCAGCGAUGCCAUGAGGAGUCACGGCAGAAAAUCCUUAAAGAGAUCAGAAAAUUAAAAGAGAAGGAUAAGCGAGUGGCAGAGCAAGCCAGUUUCAGUAAGGCAUCAGAGCCAGUCAACCAAGAGUCAACAGAUGUUAGCCAGUUUGUGUGUCUUAAGUGCAACUUUAGCUCGGAUUUGCCUCAAGAACUUGCUGAGCAUUCCAAGACGCACAACACUCGAACAAGAGCUGGUGUCUAUCGAACCUCACCCCGCUUUCAACAGAAGUCCUGCAAGAAAGGACAAGUUCAGUCCCCUGCAGAUGUUACGUCAACUCUUGUCACAUCACCUCUUAACAAGAGGUACCCCAUCCGGGCAUCCAAAAAAUCAAAAGAAACACAGCCCGAAAGUAGCACUUCACAGGUGGACUUUAGUUCGUUGUCUUUUCAAAGUACUUCUGCAACCCCAGGAGAGGCCGCAGAGCAACCUGAUGAUACAACUCUGCAUGAAAAUACAGACCCUGGGGAAGAGAAUGUUCUACAGCCUCAGCAUCUCGUGUCAUCUCCGCCAAACCUGAGAGCUGCUCCGCGGCGUAAGGAUGUGGCAUUCAAGAGUAUAGGGAAUAAACGCUCAGUCCGGGCCGCGAGGGGUAAACUGGGGCGCACAAGAGUGAGUACAAGACUGGAUCCUAAGUCCACUCUUAAUCCCGUUAUGAAAAAACAAGUCCAAAUCUCAAACCAGUCCGAAGAUAAGUGCCAGAAAGAAGACAUUCCAAUACCUGAACCAGAACAUGAUCCAAAACAAGACUCCAAAACAGAGACGGAGCUAACUGCUAAUGAUCCAGAUCUCAAAGCCAACUCCUCCUCACCAAAGAACAGCAAAAAGCUUGAAGCACAGGAGGAACCACCCAAACUCAAAGAAGACAAAUCUGAUAGUCAGGAGAAGGUUAAAGAAGAAACACUCGUUACUGCAAAUCUAGAGGAGGAUGAUGAUGAUUAUAUAGAUGAUGACGAAGAUGAAGAGGAUGUUGUUAGUCAUCUUAUUGAUGCAUUAACUGAGGAAGAUGAUGAAGAUGAUGAUGGAGAGGGGUUGUUGACAAGUGUGGAAAGAAAAUGCCCUUAUUGUCCAGAUCGAUUCCAUAAUGGCAUCGGACUAGCCAAUCAUGUUAGGGGUCACCUGAACAGAGUGGGUGUCAGUUACAAUGUUAGGCAUUUCAUCUCUCCGGAAGAGGUCAAUGCCAUUGAAAAGAAAUUCUCAUACCAGAAGAAGAAGAAAAAAGUUGCCAACUUUGACCCAUCGACCUUCAGCAUAAUGAGAUGCGAGUUCUGCAGUGCUGGCUUUGACACCAGAGCUGGUCUCUCCAGUCAUGCCCGAGCCCAUCUCAGAGACUUUGGCAUCACCAACUGGGAAGUCACGGUUUCUCCCAUUAAUAUUCUCCGAGAGCUUUUUGCCAAGCAUCCAGAUCUUGUUCUACCCACUGCACCCACACAUACUCUCCAGUCAAGUCAAGAGCAAAAUUCUGACGAGGAGCAAGAGUGCAGGAAAGACAUGAAGGAUGAGGAGAACAUGACAGCGGGACCCACCACUCUUUCUUCUGACUCUCCAAAACGGUGCUGGAAGGAAGAGCACUGUAGAAGUAAACUAGAGGAUGGGGAGGAGGCAGAAGAUGGGGAAGAAGAAGAAGAGGAGGUCCAAUUGCCUGGUACAGAUAAAUUGGCUGCAAGCCCAGAAGAAAAGACCCUGUUCUCUAUAGAGGAACAGAGCACUGAUUCCAAAGAAAUAGACACAAUGGGCUCUAACUUGUUGAAAUGUGAGUUUUGUGGUGCUGCCUUUGAGACACGUCGUGGUUUGUCUAGCCAUGCCCGCUCUCACCUACGCCAGCUUGGCAUCGGCAUGUCAGAAAACAGUGGUGCACCCAUUGAUCUCCUCUACCAGAUCACUAAGGAACGCUCCAUUGACACACACUUUACUGGCACCUCCCCUACUGUGGAAUCUCCCAAAAAGCUCCAGCACCAUGCCCCUAUUGUUCCUAUACCCAGCCCCACAAAAGAUGUUGAAACUGAAGAAGGACUGCUGGACACCAAGCCCCCUGUCCCAUUCUCUAUUGCGGCUUCCGCUAUUAAAGUUUCCUCUUCACCAACUACUCACUCUGCAGCUGGCUCCCUGCCAUCCUCUCCAUUUGUAAAGUCUCGGUCCCCUUCCCCAGUGCUGAGAAAGGCUCCCAUCUCUUCCCUACUGCCCGUGUCUUCCCCAUUGCGAUCCCAGGAGCAUAAGACCUUAGGAAAGAACCAGCCUACCAACCUCUCUAGUCCGAACAAACCAUUCUGGGCGCCGCAAGAUACGGAUGCCCCAUUGAAUCUUACGAUGGACAUGGACUCUAAAGACAUUAUUUGCCAGUUGUGUGGUGCGUGGUUUGAAACAAGAAAAGGCCUCUCUAGUCAUGCUCGUGCCCAUUUGCGCCAUUUUGGGAUUGAGUACUCAGAAUCUAAGGGUUCCCCCAUUGAUUUACUCAACCGGUUCAUCUUGACUGAUGACUUUAAGCACAGAGCAAAUUCUUUUCUAUCAGAUGCUCCAGAAGACCUGAGGUCCCAGAAGACAAGCAUGACAUCCCUCUUACCCUCCACUUCCACUUCACCUAAAAGAUCACUUCCCUCCAGCCCUGUCCUAUAUAAAACAGCAACCACUUCUGUGAGGACAACAAUUGGCUCUAAAGCUACCUCAACUUCUUCCCACCCUUUAUUGGGCCCACCCCCAAAGAAGCUGAAAGCCUCUUCAUUGCAAGUACUUCGUUUCAGUAGUGGAGAAGUUAUGUCCUUUCCUAUAGAGCCAAUGAAAGACGUGGGCUGUGAAUUCUGCGGAGAACUUUUUGAGAACCGCAAAGGCCUCUCCAGUCACGCUCGCUCCCAUUUGCGCCAACUUGGGAUAACAGAAUGGUCUGUGAAUGGCUCACCAAUUGACACACUAAAAGAUAUUAUAGUCCGUCGAGGCCUGCCAUCCAUCAAACCUCUGAAGUCCCCCAAAUCCCCCUCUUCUUCUCCAAUUCCUGGGCUGCCUCGGACCACCGUCCAGUCCUCUUCCCCACCAGGGAAUGUGCUUGGGCGCCCGUCUUUCCAUUUUGCCCAAACUCCCAGCCACGACCAGCCUACUACACGCAAAAUGUCUCCUUCGACAUCUACUGCCAGCUCUUCCCCAAACGUAGAGCUCGUUAAACCGAAACCAGAGCCUGAAAUUGUGGAGGUUACAAUGAAAGGAUCAGACAUGGGAGUAAAUGAAAGCUACAACCCAGAGCCACUACAUUCCAGUUUAGACACUUCAGAUAAUGUUUAUCCAGUCAACUUGGUUAUGACUCAGGAGAAGGAACCUUCCCGUGAUAUUCGCUGUGAAUUCUGUGGUGAAUUCUUUGAAAACCGCAAAGGCCUCUCAAGCCAUGCACGUUCACACUUGAGGCAUAUGGGUAUCACAGAGUGGUCUGUGAACGGCUCUCCCAUUGACACACUUUGGGAAGUCAUGAGGAGACAAGGCACUACCCCUGCAUCUGUUGCCUUUGGCAUAAAGGAGGAACCAGGACAGGAUAGUGGGAUUUCAUUAAACAGUCCAGGCUAUCAGUCCUCUGCCCUGUCCCGAAAGUCACCUCUUAACCUGCUUCACUCUGGCUCGCGUCUUCAUAAGCAUGGGCUGGGAAGCGUUGCCUUGUCCUCUACCUCAUCUGUGGGGAAGAUUUUUGGAGUGCCUCCUAUGAAGAAGAAGGUACUGGUGGAGGAGGGACAGCCAGGAGAGAAAGCAUUGCUCAUUCAAUCUAAAAAUUUCUCACCUCCCCCACAGGACUAUUCCUUUAGGGGUAAAGCCUCAGUGGAGAAACAUGGGGUAGGCCACAUGGAUGCCAGUUGUGAACUCUGUGGAUUUUACUUUGAGAACCGGAAGGCACUGGCCAGUCAUGCUCGAGCACAUUUACGUCAGUUUGGAGUGACAGAGUGGUGUGUAAAUGGUUCGCCUAUCGAGACGCUGAGUGCCUGGAUACGCAGCCGUCCACAGAAGGCAGCAGAGAUGCAGCAAAGUUAUGUUCAAGGAGCCCGCUAUGCCCAAAAGAAAAGGUGCGGUUCUGCUCUCUCACCAUCCCGUGACUCUGACUCUACAACUCCUGUUUCCCAAAAGCCCACUGUGGCCAAAUGGGCAUCUCUCACUUUGCCUCAAAAGAGAGCAAUUGGGCGGGAUGUCAAAAGUUGUCCCUGGGGGUUGUCAUCACGGGGAAGUGACGCAAAAAGCAGGAGUGGAAGUUCCACUCAGCAUGGCCUUAUUCCACAGCCUGGCACUCAUCAUUCCAAUAAUGCACUUCCACAUGCGCAGGUGGCGCAUAGUGAACUCAACGUGCGUUUGCCACGAGGAUUUGAGAGACGCCCACUUAAACAUCCAUCACAUGCUGAAGGAGGGGUGGGAGAGAGUGGCACCCCGAAACCUCGCUCCAGUACCGUUCCUGCCCUUGUGCCAAAGCCCCCCUCCACUCCACUGGUUAAACUUGUGGGUAAAAUUUACUCACUUAAGUGCCGGUUCUGUGACGUGGAGUUUCACGGCCCUCUCUCGGUACAGGAGGACUGGAUCAGGCACCUACAGCAGCACAUCCUCAAUCUUAACUACAACAAGACUGCUUCACCUGCAAACGACACUCCCGCCCAAAGUGACACACCUGAUCCCAAGCCCCUAGUCUCAGCUGCUACCUCCACGUCAACUACGACCACAGCCCCCUCCACGACCCCGUCCACACCCUCCCCAAAGCCCACAACUACACCCACAUCAGCCUCCACACCUACACCCGCCCCCAGCCAAGCUUCAGCGGGGCGGCCGGCUACAGCAGAGCCAGUUCCUUCUCCUGCUAAUUAGGCCAUGUGCCCUUCCUACAUAUGUAUGAGAUGCCAUCAUCUUCGGCAGUCAUUUACAUGAUUUGUUUCUGUAUUACUCAUCUUUGAUUAUUUCAAUCUCUGAUCAAAGGGAGAGAUUUUUCAAAAAAUCUCAGCUAGCGACCCACUUACCCUGACCUACAUCGCGAGCAUCUGUUAUGAUUCAGGCGCUAGGUAGGUGUGUUGCCAUGACAGUUCUCAUCUCCCUUUUGUCGGCCGUAAUUUAUGAACAAGAAAAAGUCACAGUAUAAUACAAAUUACAUUUGUUUUGUGGAUAAGCUUUGAUGAGUAUGUGGUGAGUUCAGUUCUGUAAGCUAUUUGGCCCUUAUGACUAGUAUUUGUUUUUUGAAAAUAUCUCACAAAACUCUUUAGCUUACCAAAUGUAUUCUUAAAUGGUCAGCAAAGUAGAAAAUUACAAUCAAAAAGGCACAGAUAUAAAGCUCACCCUUAAAUGGUUUCACUAUGAAGCACUUAAACAAAAAGCCUUGACCGUUUGAAACAAAGCUUAUCUGUUUCUAGCAUAUACAAGUUCACAGUUUGUGUUAACUGUUAAAAGUUAACUGUUUCAGCUGUGAUAAUUGACUACAAGGCUGUACUGCCAUGCAGCUAUCAAAAGAUACGAUGUUCGUUUUAAGCAGACAAAGAUAGGUUUGUGUCCUGACAGGACAUGCCUUUUCUUUUCUGCAGUCCCACUGCAAUCUAGACCUUGAUAAUGUCAUUUGAAUCUUGCCACUUGGUUGAUCAAAUUUGUCUGGAACCAAUUGCUGCUAAAUAUUUAAAUAAGCUAAGCACACUUAGUUAAAUGCAUCGUUUUAGCACAUGACCAACAAAAUGAGCAUGCAAAUUGUCAUGCCUUCCAGUUGUAUUCAACCAUAUGUAUUUAUGCCUUUGUUGCUUUUUUGUAUGGCUCAUUGUUUUGUAGCAAGUUUGCACAAGCUUCAUGCUUUGAUUAAUCCGAUCCUAGAUCGCUCCAUUUUCUCUCCAUUUAAUCCUGUGCUUGGCACAAAGUAAACUCUAAAUGAAACAGUCGACGCAGCUGUCUAAAAGACUUCUUUGUUACUUUUUAAAUAAUGAAGCUUUCUGAGAAACUGCCUUGGAACAAGUUGAUGGCCUGAAGUAUUUUAUGCUCAUAAAAGUCACUUUUUUUCCCCCAGAUGCAUUUCAAGAGAACCCUAAUUAUGGCUCAUCUGAAUGUUGAACGAGCUUAACUUUUUGGCUACACUACAUUUGAAUGUUUCUCUAGAGUAAAAGGUUAACGCACUUUUAUCUGCAAAGAAUUAGGGAGAGUUCGUGUAUAUAUAAAACUUAUAUCUUUUUAGUUUUUCUGAUCGUAAAGUGCUAAGUCUGAGACUUUUUUUCUUAACAGUGUUUUUCCCUGUACCAAUUUGAAGGCAUUUUCACAAAAACGUAAACUGUAGAAAUUUCCCAGUGACAGAAUGUGCCAAAGAGAACGUGACACGUCUCGGUAGCUUUAGCUUUUGCGAGUUUUUUGCAAGUCUGUCGUUUUGUCUUUGAGCAGUUGAUGGUAGCAGCAGAUUUGCUGCUGUGGAUUUGCUUGAAAACAAAAAAAUAAUACAUAGAAACUGACAAUUGAGUUAUACUAUGUGAGUAUACUAUACAAGUACACCAUACUCGUGAUGCCAGGAAUUGACUAUGACGAUUUUUUACUGCGAAUAUGUUGACUGCCUCCCAAACAUACGAGUGCUUUGGAUCACAUUUCCAUAUCUACACAGGAAAGCAAUAACAAACCGCUCCGCUAUGGAUGUUUGUUGCAGCUUUCACGACUUUACUCUUGACUGUUAGGCUUUUAGUAUUCCAAAAGGGAAUAUUAUUGAUAUAUCUAACCUAACACAUGUAUAGACGAGAAGAAGAUUUUAACAGUUUAACACUUCAAAUGUGGUCUUGAUCAUUGUGAAUUUAUUUUGAUUUCUAAUGCUGUGUAUUUUUUAAUGAGACGUGCAUUCUUUUACUUGCAGUUACAUACCAGUGGAAUAGAUCAGCGUUUUAUUUUUGAUUCUGUCAGUUUCUCUUUUAAGAUACAGGACAUUGGUGCUUGUGGAUUUUUAAUUGAAGAUUGUUCCAAAGGGAGAUUGUCAAGUCCUUUGCGCAAGGACUCUAAAAACGUGUGUCUUAAAUUCAACCGCUCUGUACAUCAUGUUCUUGGUUAGUUAGGUCUUUUUGUGACUGUUGCCCAGUUGGCAUGUGCUUUACAGCUGAUGGUGUGCGUUCUCCUAAAGAUCUCCUCAGCUGGUUUAGACCGCGGUGUCUGUACAAGUAUUCGUGUGUAUGAGAGAGACAAAAAUACUUUUUGUGACUGAAAGAGAGAAAUGCCAUCGAAGUGUUAACCAGAGGAAGAUUCGUGUGAAUCUGCUCUUGAAUGAAAAUCAUUAAAUGUGAUCUGAAAUCUCA